AUGUUCUCCCUACCAAGUCUCGCCCCUCAAGAUUCGCAUAGCAUCUGGUAUACGUCCAAUUCUACCCAUAUCUCUCAACCUAGGGACACACUUCCCGAUCACCAUGGUGCUUCCGCCCAAAAUCAACAUGCAGGGCAAUCCCAUCGGCGACAUCUUGCAGCCCACCGCCAUCCUCUUGCGCGACUGCGUCUGGAUGAAGAAUACAUAGAACGCCGGAAACAGAAUGUACAGAAUUAUGGGAACUCAUGGAUCAAACCUCCUGGCAUCCCCAAGUCCUUAUACCAGCUACGAGAAGAAAAGCGAGAAAUGGAGGAACAUCAAGAGGCAUUAAGACGCGAGGCAAUGGCGCAAGAGCUGGCCGAGGCUGAAGCGGGAGAUGUAGACGGGCUUUUGCAGGGCGAAGGCAUGGACGGCGAUAUGGAAGAAGCAAGGGAUCUAGAUGACGAUGUGCCAGAAGCAGAGACCACUCAAUUAGAAGCAGACGAGGCGGAAGAUUCCGACAACGAGGAUUUGGAGCAGGAUGAGGGUGAUGAGAUCCCAAGAGGGAUACUUGCUUCACGGCUGCCAGAUGAUGUCUACAGAGAGGCUCUUGUUCGUGGUGAAGAGGUUGGCACGACACGCUUCGGUGAUGAAGGGGGCUCGACCAUCGAUGGGGAUGAAUCGCAAAUGCUCCAAGAAGAGGAUCUCGUUCAGUCAGGAGCAGGUCAUCAGGAUAUGGACAUGGACAUGGAUGCAGAUCUUGAUGCCGAAAUCCCCGAAGCCGGAGGUUACGAACAUACCGAUACAGAGGCCGAACUGAGUAGUAGUGAUGAUGAUGAUGAUGAUGAGAGCAUUGAUGCUGGUGUACUUCCCCGUUAUCAGCCAGGCGCGAGCAUGGUCAGAAGCGAUGGGACACAGAAUAGUUUGGACUUAAGCAGCAUGCUAUCAAAUGGAAGUAGCCAAGUAGGAAGCAGUCCGAGGCAAAGGUCAGCUCGUCGAGCACGAGCGUAG